AUGUCAUAUUUUUUACAAUCUAACAGAUUUCUAUCCAAUCAGCAAGAGUUGUACCCAGAAAGAUUGGUAGAAGAUUCUGUCACAGAAUCUAUGCCAGAUGCUCCUCCAAGUUAUCAAGAGGCUGUGGCAGAAAUGCCUACGGGCUCAUUUUCUACUGCUACUUCAGAUAUUUAA